AUGUCUGUUUUAAGAGUGCUGCUCGUAGCAUCACGUGAAGGCCAAGUUCCCGAAGUCCUGUCAAUGGUACACAUAAAUCAGAAGACACCACUUCCAGCCGCAGCAGGCCUGUUACCUAUCGCCAUCAUAAUGAUGGUAAGUGGAGAUGUGAGUAGUUUGAUCAACUACAUAGGAUUUUCCGGCUGGUUCUUCACCGCUUUAGCCUGUGCAGUCAUCCCGUAUUACAGAUGGAAGUAUCCUUACCUGAAACGACCCAUUAAGGUUCCUCUUGUGAUACCAAUUAUCUUCGUAUGCUGUGCAUUGUUCCUGAUUGGUAUGUCAAUCUACAGCAGUCCUGUAGAUUGUGGAAUAGGUUUAGCCAUUACUCUUCUAGGGAUACCAGUCUACUAUGUGGGCGUGGCUUGGAAGAAUAAACCCAAUUGGUUCAUCAAUGGAAUGGGUUAGUAAAAUUUUCAGCCUGACUUUGUGGAGAGAGUGGGACUAUGUUUGUAAUGGGCUGAAAAGUGAGAGAACAAAUAUGAAGGAGGUUUAUGGAACUGGGUAUUUGUAAUCAUCAACAUAAUUUUUGCCAAUUAGUCCAAUCGCCACUUUGUCCACUCUUAUUACCAUUCCAUCUUAAAGCCUACAGGGCCAAGGACAUAUGGUCUAAUAAACACUUCGUCUAGUUUCUUUUUAUCAGUGUUCCAUUUGGUCAAACUGCAGUUGGUCCACUAUUACUUUGUCUAAACCUUUAUGGCCAACAGUCAUUUGGUCCAAAUGCCAUCUCGUCUAAUCGCCAAUAUAUCUGAACGCUAUCUCGGCCAAUCACCAUUUCAUCUACUAUUUGUUUUGCCUACUAUACUGGCACUAGCUCUCUAUGGUGCAUAUGUGUAUAGUUUAUUGCAGAAUUUUGGUUCCUUCACACUUUCACACAUUUAUGCAUAGGCGGAUCAGAUCGUUUUACUACCCCCUUACCCUAAUUUUUAUGUGUGAAGUGGAUUUCCAGUAAACAUAAAUGAACAAAAAGGGAAAGGAGAUGGGACAGAUUGGUAAGGGGGGGGGGGGGGGUGGUAGCCUUAAUCGCAGUAUUUUAUUUUUUAUCAUCUUCAGUAAUUUUCCAGGUAUAAUCAAUAAGUCAUCUUGCUCCCCUCCUCGGUUAAUGCAAAGUAUUUGAAGAUGAAAUUGCUAUUGGAACGAUUGGAUAUUAGACUAAAUGGCUAUUGGACAUUUGGAAAUUGGACUAAAUGGUAAUUAGACAAUUUUUGGUUGUUAGACUAACUAAUAUCCUAAAGUUUGAUAGACAAAAUGAUAAUAAGAUGAAAUGGAAAUUAGAUGAAUUGAUAAGUACACAAAGUGGAUAUUGCACCAAAGUAUUUGAAGAUGAAAUUGCUAUUGGAACGAUUGGAUAUUAGACUAAAUGUCAAUUGGACAUUUGGAAAUUGGACUAAAUGGUUAUUAGACAGUUUGGUUGUUAGACAAACUGAUAACCUGAUGUUUGAUGGACAAAUUGAUAAUUAGACGAAACAGAAAUUACAUGAAUUGAUAAGUACACAAAGUGGAUGUUGCACCAACUGAAAUUAGCCGACAUAGCUAUUGGACCAAAUGAACGUUGGAUGAACCAAUUAAUGGACAAUUUGGCAAUAUACAAUGAUUUGAACAAAAUUAUUGUAAACAAAAUAGUUAAGAAGGAUGAUAAACAAAAUGAAGGUAGACCAUGUGAUGAGAAGACGGGAUGGUAGAAGAUGAAUUGGCAAUAACCCUUAACUAGUUACUCCUCCCUAUUUUGCAAUCUUCCACAAAGGUGUUACAAUCUGACUGAGAGUAUCACAAUUAAGAUAACUUGAAAUGUUACUAACAAAAAGUAUUAUAUUGAAUAUGAAAAAAAUGAUUUAUCCAUCAUCAAAUAUAAAUGCACACUUCAUCAACUUGAUUGAUACAUGUCAAGUAUACCCCCCCCAUUUUCUUUUCUGAGAUGAAUAGAGAAAAGUUUACCACACAUAAUUUCCUCUAAAAUAGAUGUAAAGUCCUCAAAAGAAAAACUGAAAAUGAGAUUAAGCGAUGAUUUAUCACAACUUAAUCACAAAUACAAUAGACAAAUGACCUACAAAUGUAAA